UUUCGUGCAUUAAAAUUGUACUGAAUAUACAUUAGUGAAAAAUUGAAAUUUAAGGAACGAUCGAUUCGCAAAUACGAAAGAAGAAUAAGCGUACGCAUGCGCCGCGUGCGUUCUCUAUAUACUCUUAUUUCAAGUGCUUAUACGAAACGUACAGUAUUGGAAACGAAUUAUGUACCUUGUUCUGUGAUAUUUAUUAAUGUAAUAUUUUAAGGGUGGUUGUGUAAAUUUACACAACAAAAUAAAGCCUACAACAAUGCGCUACAACGAAGGAUCAGCAUUAUAUGUAUUACUAUUACUAGUUUUAUGCGUAGAAGUAUAUACGACAAGCGCGAGACAUCUGAUUAAGAAAAGAAAUUAUAGUGAUCAAAGCGUAAGAGGUUAUUUGGCCGAGAGAACUUGUUGGUGGAACGAAGUGUGUAAAGAAGAAUUUCACAGUAAAUUUCGAUGUCGUUGUCCAAGAUGGUCAUAUUGCCGUGCUCCUGGUAGAUAUUAUGAUGCACAUUGCAGCAUGACACGGACUGGCUAUAUUUGGACUCAACCAGACACUUCGUUGACAGUCGAAAUUAAUAAAUGAGACAUUUUCAUACAUUUUUUACUAAUCAAAAUGUCAUGAUAUCAAAUUUACGUUACACGCGAAUAGCUCCGCGUCUUAUAGAAAUUUAUCCACGUAUAUUAGGAAAUUAAUUCUUUACGUGCAUUAAUCAAAAAAGAAAGUUUAGCACAAUUGCUGUACGUUAAAUACAGUUGUGAUCAAUGUAUAUUUCUUAUAACUAUUUUAUGCAAUCUUCUCUUUUAAAAUAGUAAUUGAAGAAAUUUGAAAAAUCGAAUAUUUGAUAUUUCAGUUAUAUCGAUAUAUCGAUCCUUUAAAAUGGUUCACCGUGUAAUAGUUUCGUUUCUUCUGGCUUGACAGUAUUUUAUUGGAAAAAUGCAUUAGAUUACCUGAAAGUGAGUAUUUUUCGAGUAAUUAUUAGUUUAAAUUAAACAAAAAUGUUCUUUUACAUUGUUUUAAUAUUGGGAUGACUAAUGGCGAUUGAAAAACUGACCAAACAAAAUACCGGUGAUGCACAUUCGUUUAUUAAGAAACAUAUUUAUUUAGUUUCAUACAACAAUAAAUUCUUAUAGCAACAACACAGUGUUCAAUCACGGGUUUGUAUUAAAUAAAUUAAAUUGUUAAGUUUUUGCUUCAAUCUUCUAACUCAAAUUAGCAUACAGUGAAAUAUUUGCCUAACAUGGUACUAAAAGUAUACGUAUUAUUACAUCUUUAUAUUACGGAAUUGUAGUUAUAAAAGAUAUCCACUUGUAAACAGCAUUCAAAUAUAAAAUAUAAUUAAUAUAAUCAA